AUGGGUCGUCGCUGUCUUUUAGUCUCACGACCCCUAGACGUUUGCGCGUCGUCCAACUCAACCACCUCCUCAAUCACGUGGGCGGUGAUAGGCAAUCAGACCCCUGUCCCGGAAUUCCUCCAGAGAUUGCCCUUUCUCCAACACUGGGCAUUAUGUGUCAUUGAUGAUGAUGGGAUUGACCCAUCUGAGCCUUCCAGCCGCGACCAUUUCCUGAAGGCCAAGUACUUUGACCUUAGUGUCAGCUUGCAGUCCUGCUACCGCAUCAUAUGCAGCAGCCGGUCAUACAAUGAGGUAGGCCAUGGUAAGAAUAUUUGGCCAGAAGAAGCUGUGAAGCAAAUCUCGGCUGUUCAGGAUGUCGGGGUGACGUUUAAGAGUGACGGUUGGAUCUUCGAGCGCGGUUCAAGCAUGUCAGAGCUAUGGGGAAUCUACCGGCCAUUCUUGUGGAAUUGUCAACAGUUCGCCUCGCUGCUCGCACAAAUGGCCAUCAACACAAAGCAGUCCGCUGAGCUCAUUAGCACCCUCCUCCUUAUGCGUGAGGAGCAGGUGGAGAAAAUAUGGAAGAAGAGGCACUUGGCGUGCAUGGCAGGAAUGGGCGCCAGUGCCUUUUUCCCGGUUGCAGGUCCAGCAAUUGCUCUAGGGUCAUGGGCUGCAGCAGGCAUCUACAUGUUCACUGACGCUCUGAAGACCAAUGCAAUCCGUGAAUCGUAUAGAAAGCUAACUGACAGGUACGAGGAGUUAGAGCAACUGCCUUGGCCGUACUAG